UUUAAAAUAUUUAAAAGGAGAUUCAAAAUAGCAUGUCUGGAAACAGGAGAAACGCUAACCCAGUUGAUAAAGACUCAGAUGAAUACAAAGCGGUAUGGGAACUUGAAACAUGGAAACGAGCUGAAGAAGCAAAGUUCAAAAACCACCUCAAACAAAUCGAGCUUGAAACCAUCGAUAAGGUUACCAAGGAAUGGAAGCUUAAGGAGGAUAAACGUGACGAUGAACUCACUGCUAAAAUGUCCCUCGUCGAAAAUAUAGAGAAAUAAGCUCCGCACCAAAGCCCAAGAACUUCAAAAGAGGGAGGGAAAAAUCAUUCAAGUUGAGGACGAACUCAAGCACAAGAUUUCAGAAGUCUCUCGACAACUCUCCAAUAAGGAGGAGGAAAUACUCAAUAUGAAGAAGAAAUUCAAAGAAGAACAACUUACUCUACAGGGAGAAAUCAAAUCACUCAAGAAACAAGUGGCCAAGGCCAAAGAGCUCCUCGACCAGAACGAAGAGAGCUACAGGACUUAUCGUAAAGACAUGGAGGAGUCACCUGUCAGUGUCAUGAGAACAGAGAUUAAUAAAAAGAACUUAGAAAUAGCUGAUAUCAGCAACCAACUUGAAAAAUCACACACUGAUAUUGCUAAUAAUGAGAUCAGAUAUAAAAAGCUUAAGCAAGAAUGUAUCAAGCUAAGAAGAGAGCUCGAAAGACAGAAACAACUAGAACAAGAGAGGCAAGCAGAGGAACUAGAGAAGCUUAAAAUGGCUGAAAGAAACAAUAGCUAUAAUGAACAAAUGAAACUGGAGCUACAGAUGGUCAAAGAAGAACUAACCCGGAUUCAAACCCAAAACUUAAUAAAUACUGAUAAAGUUACUGAAGAGGCCAAGAUGAUGUAUAUCCAAGGUGUCAACUCUGAUGGGUUCCAGACCAACAAUAGUAUGGCAACAUCCAAUCCUUUUGCUUCCCAAAAUAUGAUUAAAACUCGAAUCGGCAAAAACAAUGGAAUCCAAAAUAAACAACAAAAGCCUCAGAGUAGACUAGAGGAGCUAAGACAGCUCAGACAAGAUCUAAUAGAAAAUAAUGAUCAGAUCAGGAAGAAAGAGGCUGAAGACUCUCCUAGUAAAGAUGCCCGCCUUCGCAAAUAAUAAUUAAUUGCAAUUUUAAAUAACCAA